GCUGCCCGCCGCGCCGGCCGCCCUGCCCGCCCCGGCCGGGGCCGCCGCCGCCGCCGCGCCGCUCUAGGAUGCGGCUGCUGAGCGCCGGCACAGGGCGGAGAGGCGGCCAGCCUGCCUGCCCACCGCCCGGCCCCGCUCCGCCGCGGCGAGCGCUCCGGACGCCGCGCUUCCCCGGGAGGCGACAGGCUCUUGAACCUGAUCUACAAUGGAAAAACUGCUUUUGUUUCUGCUGUUCAUUGGCGUAGCGGUGAGAACUCAGAUCUGCCCAAAGCGCUGUGUCUGUCAGAUUCUGUCUCCGAACCUUGCCACCCUUUGUGCCAAGAAAGGGCUCUUGUUCGUUCCUCCCAACAUUGACAGGAGGACUGUGGAGCUACGGCUGGCAGACAACUUUGUUACAAACAUUAAAAGGAAAGACUUUGCCAACAUGACCAGCCUGGUGGACCUGACGCUGUCCAGGAAUACAAUCAGUUUUAUUACGCCUCACGCGUUUGCCGACUUGCGCAAUUUGCGGGCUUUGCAUUUGAACAGCAACCGAUUGACUAAAAUCACUAAUGACAUGUUCAGCGGACUCUCCAACCUUCACCACUUGAUACUUAACAACAACCAGCUGACUUUAAUUUCUUCUACAGCUUUUGAUGAUGUUUUAGCUCUUGAGGAAUUGGAUUUGUCUUACAACAAUCUGGAAACCAUCCCAUGGGAUGCAGUGGAGAAGAUGGUGAGUUUGCACACGCUCAGCCUAGACCACAACAUGAUUGACCAUAUUCCUAAGGGGACCUUCUCCCACCUCCACAAGAUGACCAGGUUGGACGUUACAUCUAACAAACUGCAGAAGCUACCACCUGAUCCUCUCUUCCAGCGAGCUCAGGUACUGGCAACCUCAGGAAUUAUCAGCCCCUCGACUUUUGCAUUGAGCUUUGGUGGGAACCCUUUGCAUUGCAACUGUGAGCUUUUGUGGCUGAGGCGUCUUUCGAGGGAAGACGACCUGGAGACCUGUGCUUCUCCCACGCUUUUGUCUGGCCGGUACUUCUGGUCGAUUCCUGAGGAGGAGUUCCUGUGCGAGCCUCCUCUCAUCACCCGGCACACCCAUGAGCUGCGGGUGCUGGAGGGCCAGCGGGCAGCGCUGAGGUGUAAGGCCCGGGGGGACCCCGAACCAGCGAUUCAUUGGAUUUCACCCGAGGGUAAACUGAUUUCAAACGCAACGAGGUCCGUGGUGUACGACAACGGGACGCUCGACAUCCUUAUAACAACAGUGAAGGACACAGGCUCCUUCACCUGCAUCGCUUCUAACCCUGCUGGGGAGGCCACACAGACGGUGGACCUACACAUAAUCAAGCUCCCCCACUUGCUGAACAGCACAAACCACAUCCACGAGCCUGACCCCGGCUCCUCGGAUAUCUCGACUUCCACCAAGUCAGGCUCCAACGCGAGCAGUAGCAACGGGGAUACUAAAGUCAGCCAAGAUAAGAAGGUGGUCGUUGCAGAAGCAACAUCCUCUACUGCUCUGCUGAAAUUCAAUUUUCAGAGGAAUAUACCUGGGAUCCGUAUGUUCCAAAUCCAGUACAACGGUACUUACGAUGACUCCCUUGUUUACAGAAUGAUACCUCCCACAAGCAAAACCUUCCUGGUCAACAACCUGGCUGCUGGGACUGUGUACGACCUGUGUGUCCUGGCCAUCUACGACGAUGGGAUCACCUCGCUCACCGCCACCAGGGUGGUGGGCUGCACGCAGUUCACCACUGAGCAGGACUACGUGCGCUGCCACUUCAUGCAGUCCCAGUUCCUGGGCGGGACCAUGAUUAUCAUCAUUGGUGGGAUCAUCGUGGCGUCCGUGCUUGUGUUCAUCAUCAUCCUCAUGAUCCGCUACAAGGUGUGCAACAACAACGGGCAGCAGAAGGUCACCAAGGUCAGCAAUGUCUACUCGCAGACGAAUGGGGCUCAGAUCCAGGGCUGUGGCGGGGUGCUGUCACAGUCCAUGUCCAAGCAGGCCAUCGGGCACGAGGAGGGCAUCCAGUGCUGCAAGGCUGCCAGCGACGGUGCAACGCAGUCGCCGGAGGCCGUCUCCAGCCAGGACUCGGCCACCACUACCUCCGCUUUGCCUCCCGCCUGGACUUCCAGUGCUUCUGCCUCCCAGAAGCAGAAGCGAAAGCUGGGGCCGAAGCCCGGCAGCGAGCUGCAGGGCGAAGCUGUUGGCAGCAUCGAGUCCCAGAACAGUAACCGAAAUAACUCCACUGCCCUGCAGUUGCCCACGCGCUCCCCCUGCUCCCCCCGAGCCACCCCCACCUACAAAAGAGCACAAUCAAAGCCAAGUAAGUUCCUCACGCUGCCGGCUGACGUGGCCCGAGCCAAGCGCAGGCUCUCGCUGGGCGGCGAGCUGAUGGAGCCCCGCUGCCCCGGCAGCGCCUGGGCUGCAGGCGGACUGCGGUCCAAGCGGAGCGUAUCCAUGAACGGGAUGCUAGUCCAGUCAGACAGCUCUGACGUGGAUAGCGGAAAAGCAACUUUCUCCAGUUCUGAGUGGAUAUUGGAAAGCACUGUGUGACCUGCUUUUUUUUUUUUUUCUCUUUCUCUUUCUUUUUUUCUUUUUUUUUUUUAAUUUUAAUUUUUAUUUGAAUGACAAACAAAGCACCAAACGUUGUGUGAAACUCCCUGUCCCAGAGGGGAGUUGGAUUUGGAAGUUCACUAUUGUCUCGCUGAUUAAUGGCUUGUUCAUGCGAGGUUCUGUGUAAGCCACCCAGUGCACAUGGGGUUUGAUUUAGUUUGCAUUUGAUUUUUUUUUUAACAUUAAAACCGAAGGCAACAUUCAGAGAUUAAAAAAAAAAAUAAAAAAGAAAGGAAAAAAAAGAUUAAGGCGUGAAAAAAAGCACGGAACAGCACCAGUGCCUUCCCUACUCUAGGACUGGCUUCCUGGUUCUGCAGCAGCAGAAAACGAAAGAGAGAGUUUUCACAGAAAAAGCCUUUUAUAAAGGAAAUGCAAUUUCCUCCAAGCUAACAAAUAACCGCUCCUGGAUCAAUCAGUAAAAUGGUAUUUUUUAAACCGGUCAGACUGUACAUUUCUUUUCCGUGACAAUGGUGUUGCCUUUGUUUUUAGGCAGAUGCUGUACAGAAACAACAACGCUGUGUUGUUAUGUUGUGUACAAUAAAAUAUUCACUCCGUACACCAGCCCGCCUCGCGGUGACUGCCUGCUCGGAGCCAGGAGGAGGAGGAGGGUGCUGUGACGAGGGGUCCCCCGCCUUGUGCUGGGGUCUGGCAGCUGGGGCUGGUGCCCGACCCACUGCCCCAACACCCUCGUCCCGUGGCGCUGGCUGUGCCUGGUGCUGGCGCUGGCAGAGCUUUGGUUUGCUGCUCUGUUUUCUGAGCCAUCGGUGUGGCGCAGGCUGUCCCCGUCCCGUCAGGACAGGUGCAUGCAGGUGUGUGACGGGGUCGAGGGGAGAGGUGGGAGCAGCCGCAGCGGCUUGCCUGGCUGCGGUCACGCAGAGCUGAUUUGGGGCAGGGAGAGGUGACCCGGCUGAGCUGCGGGCACCUCAGGGUGUGGGCAGGGAGCAGAGCUGGCGGCUCGACCCUGUGCUGUGGGGCAGGGGGCAGCCGGCGGGCGCAUUGCUGUUCAGCGGCUCUCUGUGGUGGUCAGGAUGAUGGUGAUGGCCGUCUCCUUCUUUCCAAGAUGGUUUGGACCACAUGUCCUGUAAACUCUGUGGCUGUCCCAGUUCCCUUUCACCCCUGUGCACAGUGGAGGGACUGGAAGACGGUCCCAUCCAUAACCUGCUCUCCGAGUGCCGUGCCUGUGGGACGGGAUAACGUCAGGGCACUACGUGUGGACAGAAGCCCGUGGCAUUAGGAGUCAGCAACUGAAACCCCCACGUUGUGAGGACGGCACACGUGCUUCUGCUGCUGCUCCAAAAUGAAGGCUGUGAUUAAUAUUAAUUAACUGAUAUGGUCAUCAUGUUUAAAUUACAGACAGCUUAACUCUGCAACAUGAGUGCAUUCUCAGCUGCCAUAUAAUAAGUUUUAUGUGGGCUUUGCGGCCAUUAAAGUGACAGAACAGUUAAAUUUUACACCCCGUGUGGUUGUUCUGGAGGGCAGUGAAACCCGGGCAGGUGCCUGCGGACACCCUGGCUCUCAGCAGGACAGCUGGUCGGCCCAGAGCUGUCGUAGCAGGGAAUGGCUUGUGGCAGGGAACGUCUCGUAGCAGAGAAUGUCGUCUCCCGGCAGCCCCGGUCUCUGCCUCCAAAGAGCCCUGGUGCUCUCAGCCGUCGUGGGUUGCUCUCAGCAGUUUCACUGCCUGUCGUGGAAAAACAGAGUCUGGGUGGGGGCGGUGUAAAGGACAUUAAAAGAGGAGGCUGUUUCUUUUUUAGAAAGCCCUUUUACUUCCCUUGGGAAAUGCAGGGACCGAAAAGGAAACGAAGCCUCAAAAUUAGAACACCCGCUCCCUGCUGGAAAGUUAAAAAGAGAGCAAUCCCUCCUGAGCCGUCUCUGGAAGUUCUUGCGGGGCUGUGUGCUCAGAAGGUGGCUGUUCAAGCGGUGCCCGGUCCGAGGCCAUGCUGUCUUUGUCCUGGUUCUGGUGGUCACACAGCGAAGGCACUGUCAGGCAUGGGAAACCAUGGGCAGCGCCUUCCCUUUGCUCCAGGGUGUGGAGCUUGCUGUAGGGUUUUUUGCUGAAGUGCUUGUUUUGAUCAUGCAUUUUAAGAAUAUCAAAUGAAAAUGGUUAAUGUGUUGUCUAAAAUUGGACGUAAAUGUGUCUAAAGUUUUGUGGAAGUGCUAAAAUAUUAAUGGCUUCUUGGGGUUUAGGGAGGUUUAUUUUUGUAUCUUUAAUUUUUUACCCUAAGGAAUCGUUUUCUGAGCAUUGUGGAGCUGCGUGUCUGUGGUGCGUCUGUGUAAGCAGCUUAUGAGGAACAUAUGUCCCUGCAUUUGAUUUAAUUCUCUGCUAAUAGUGUAGGAGCGGUGAGACCUGGAUAGCAGAGGGUUUGCCUCAUGCGACUUUCUCCCUUUGGCAGAGAGGAGCAUCCCUUGGGAGUGCACAGGCACAAAACUGGCUGUUCCCACUGGAGUAACUGCAGCAGGACCGCUAAUUCAAGCUCAAUUCUGUCAGAGUAUUGAAAGCCUGCUGGAGGAGGAAAUUCUCUGUCCUUUCUGUUCUGCAAAACCAAAGGUUGCCAGCUGUUCGAGGCAGAAAGUGCUGUGGUGCUCCUUGAUCGGCAUAACAUGGCUACAUCUGUCUUCAAGUGCAGCAGCGCUUUCUGAUGCUUCAGGAAUGAGUCUGAGUUCAGGAACAUGAGCAGGGUGUUCCCUGUGGUGGGCAGUGGAUGCUGAGAUGGGUGGCUGGGCUGGCGCUGCCCCCCUGGCUUCACCGCAGCUGCACACGGGAGCUUGCAGAGACCUGAACCCACAAACCUGCCCCAGCAUCGCCCAACCUGUGCAUGUGCGCCGUGUGCUCAGAAAUAGAGGAACCAAAGUGUUUGCUAUAGAUGGAGGAGAAACUACUGCAGAGAUUUGUUUACUUGUAUUAAAAUUGCUGGCACAUGGUUUCUCUUGCGCCUUUUCAGAAUCCUUUCCUCCGAGUGUACAUGUUGUGUUAAAGAGGGCUGGUACAAGUGGUGCUAGAUGGAGAAGCAGGGCUGUGUUGGGUGAAACAUACAUUGUGUUGGCUUGAUUUCUGUGCUGCUUUUCGGCUUGUCUGCUGGGGAUGUUCUUUCUGGUGAAUACAUGGUCCUGCUCCGCUCUGGGUGCCCCUGUGGGUUUAUUUCUGCUAGCGAGUUCCCCUGAGUGUGGCAGCCGUGCUUGGGCAGCCCUGCGGGAACAGUGAAUGGGAAGGCGAUGGCCAUGUGUCCUGUGCUUGGGAGAGGGGAGCUGACUCCUGGGCAUGCAGCUCUCGGGUGCAGAGGAGCCGGCUGCUGGGUGGUCCCAUUCCUGCUGUCCACAACGCUGCUGGAGGCAUGGGGCUCGCUGCCAGCAGCUCCUGCCUCCCGGGGACCAUUAAAGCCCUGCUGGCCACUGCUUCGGGACUGCACAAAGCAUCUCCUGGUGACUCCGUGGGCACCUGAGCGUGGUCACCGAGACACGCAUUGAGCACCCCUGGCUGACAAGAGUGACACUGAGCCGUGCAGCCGGCAGUUUUGCAGCAGCCGAUGCUCACUGCUUGUGUGCCCUUGAAACGGUGCAGCGUGGCUCUUCUGUGCUGCUGGAAAACCGCACCAAGAGCCACACCAGGCACCCUGCACAGAGAGGGAGCAUGUGGCUUCCCCCAGUAGGCAGUCCAACCAGAAGAAGUGAUGGUGACACCUGCUAUUGCUUACUGUCGCUUCUCUUGCUAUGAAUUGAGAGGAACUGGAGUCUGGGAGGUACCAUUCAUAAUGUGGCCAACGUUUGUUGGUGUUGGAGUAGCUCAAGAACAUUUACUGUCCUCCUCUAAGGUGCUGCUUGUGACCAGGGCUGUGCAAUUGCGCUCCUGAAACAGUCCCAAAAUUGCACAGUGCCUUUCCCUGGGUGAUGUAGGAACUCAUUUUGAUGUCGGUCAAAGUCCUUGUGUAAAGGAAGCAAACCAUAGCAAAGUCGGUAUGGCCCUGCUUACGGAAAAUGUGUAUCCCAUAUUUUUCCUUUGCAAGUGUGUUUCCGCAUGCCUGUGUCUGGACCUGGUGCCAGAGCUCCAGCCUGUGCUGGGUGUGUAGCCCACCACAGCACCUCUGCUCAGCUGGGGCUUCCCUUCUGCCUGUCAUUCCACAGUGCCUCGCCCCGGGAAGUGCCGGAUCUUUCUGCCGGUUGUUCCGUCGUGCCUCACCUUGCCGCUGCUGUUGUUGCCCUCUGAGCUGAAUCCAGGCACCGCAGAGGGGUCCGCUCGGUGCCAGCCCACCCCACACGGGCAGUGGUGCU